AUGGGAAAAAAAAGAUUCCUGUCAACUGUUGGUAAAGAAGUACUCAAAUCAGUGAUCAAUGUUAUGCCUAUUUUUACCAUGUCAUGUUCCUUCUUACCUAAAGGAACCUGCCAGGAGAUCACCAUGUUGAGUGUACCUCGAUCCUUGACUGGGAUCCCCCAGAAAAGAACUAAUUGGGUUUACAGUCUGACUAGAGUAGAAGAUAUUCUUGAGAAGGGAGGAAGAAGUUGGAGAUUGUUGGAUGAAUGGUUUGAGGACUCAAACAAAGUGAUGAUCAGGAGCAUCAACACUCUCAAUCCUGACCUUCAUGACAAAUGGUGUUGCACCUUUAACAAAAAAAUGAGUGUUCUCUUUGUCUUCAACCUACUCCCACCUGAAGACAGUAGAACAACUCUACUAGACAGAGAGGCAAGAAGAAGAAGCUGGUGCUUGAGAAUCAAAUGUAAGCUUAAGCACAUCCUAAAGAAGUGUUUCACAAAUGUGCUGCCUGUAAGUGCAAAUCUAAAGAGAAGAGGUAUGCAGGUGGAUUCAGUUUGUAACUCCUAUGAAGAAGAAGAUGAAUCCAUAGAACAUGUCUUCUUUAAUUGCAUCACAACCAGAAGAACUUGGAGAUUAGCAAGCUGA